AUGAAUGAGUCAGUUGCAGAACCUGAGGUAUUAGAUAGUCAAGCCACAGAACUUGAGAUGUUAGAUCGUCAAGACGUGGAACUAGAGGUGCUAGCUACAUACGAUAAUAUGGAUAAUCUUUUUGACAUUGAUAAUCUUGAUGAUGACAAAGGGCUUUUUGUUAGCAAAACUUUUGAGGACUGGGAUCAAGUAGCCAACUUUAUGAAAAAAUAUGUUGCUGCUAAAGUAAAUGCAGAAAAUCAAAAAGUAAUAAAAUGGACAUAUUUGUGUUGCCAUGCUGGAAAACCAGUAGAAAAAUCAAGUGGAGUAUCUUGCCAACUGCCAAAGGACAUUGUUGAAGAAAUUCAUUUUUUAACAAUCGUUGCAAAAGCGAAUGCAACUAUGCAGUAUAGGAUAAUUCAAGAAAAAUAUAAGAUGUUUCGGCGUGACUCAGUGCCAGGUAAAGAUGAUGCAGGAAUGUUGUUAAAAAGGCUUAAUGAAAAAAAAAUUGAAGAUCCACAAUGGGCUGUUUCAAUGGAAUUUGACCCAGUCACUUCUUCCUUAACUCACCUUUUCUGUAUGAGUCCAGAACAGCAAAUCUUUUGA